AUGGCAUUGCCUUGGCAUAUUCCUUUAGAAUCAGCUUUAAGUAAAAGAAUUAAAAAAACUACAGGACCACAGCCAUCUUUGUUUAAACAUUAUUGCAAUAUAAACAUUCAUCAACCACCAUGCGAAGAAUUACAAAUGGGCCUCAUGUGCGAUAUUGGUUACACUAAUCGAGAACCAGCUACUAUACAAAGAUUAAUCGCUGCAGGUAUGACAGUGGCUCGGCUUAAUAUGCGAAAUAUGGAACCCGAAGCUUGUGCACAAUUGAUUCAGAGCAUAAGGCAAGCUGUUUAUAAUUAUAGCGCUGAAUUAGAGUAUGUAUAUCCUCUGGCACUAAUAGUAGACGUACGGGGUCCAAGCAUAGUAACAGGAGAUUUAAAAGGUGGCCCUAAGUCAACUGUGGAUCUCAUUCAAUCUAAUUCAAUUCGUUUAACAACAGAUAUUAGCUGGCGUGAAAGUGGAACUCCUGAUUGCUUAUAUAUUGGAUAUGAUCAUUUAACUGAUCUACAUCCCAACGAUUUUAUAUUUAUUGAUAGCCUUACUCCGGGUAUGGUAAAACUUAUUGUAAAUGAAGUCGGGGAUGACUCAAUAGACUGUACAAUAGCCUUUGGUGGAACCAUUGGCCCCAAAAUGACCGUCCGAGUAACGCAGACACCUCAGGAAAUUGAACCCGUAGUAAAAGACGGUAGUUCAGAUUCAAUUAUUUGUAGUGAAAAGGAGCAACAGCCAUUCGAAGACAUGCAAGAACAAGUGUCUUGGGCUAUUGGAUCCGACAUAGAUGCUGUACUUAUUCCAGCCGCACAGUCCGUCCAAGACAUUCGCGUAGUGAGAGAGCUGUUAUCAGAAAAAGGAAAACAUAUUUUAGUUAUAGCUUGUAUUGAAACUGUCCUAGGAUUUGAUAAUUUAGAUGAAAUUUUAGCUGAAGCAGAUGGUCUUUAUAUAGAUCGGUGUGUUUUGGGAACUGAUUUGCCGUUGGAGAAAAUAUUUAUCGGUCAGAAAAUUAUUUCAGCGAAGUGCAAUGAAGCUGGAAAACCGAGUAUUUUUAAAGCAGUAAUCAAUGAGCAGCUCCCCACACUUUGCGUUACAGAUAUUGCAAAUUUAGUACUUGAUGGCGCGGACGUUAUAGCUUUAGAAUUACACUAUGCUACACCUUCAUCCAAAUCUCCGCGUUCCCAUGACUCUGUGAAGAUGGCAGAACAUUGUUUGAGUGCUGCAUCGCUUAUUUGUAGGCAAGCUGAGCGGAUAAUUUGGCAGCCUUACAUUUAUGGAAAUAUUGAACUAAUGCAAAGUACAUUUGAUGAACCCACUAGAGCUAUCAGUAUAAACGCAGUUGAACUUGCUAUGAGGGCUCGCGCUGUUGCUAUUAUAUGUUUAACUAAUUCUGGUCGAACAGCCAAACUAAUUGCUCACGCAAGACCUCUUUGUCCCAUAGUAGCGGUAACUAGAGCAUGCCAUACUGCCCGCCAGUUACGUUUUUGGCGAGGAGUUCGAUCUGUUCAUUAUUUUGAAGUCGCAAAAUCUAAUUGGACGGCAGAAGUAGAAGCACGCGUUUCCGCUGCCCUUGAUUAUUGUAAAGCAAAACGUGUCUUACGAGCUGGUGAUUCUUACGUAUUAGUAACAGGAUCACGACGAGGUGUAGGUUAUUGUGAUAGUGUUAGACUAUUGUAUGCGAGUGCUCGUAAUACUAUUCUCGUUGAAUAG